CACAGCCGGGCUGGCAGCGCUCGGGCACGGCGGGGCCCGGCGCGGUGCCGAGGGGCGGGUGCCGCACCUGCCCUGCCCCGCGCACCUGAAGCGUGUGGCGGGGAUGCUCCGCGGGAGCUCUCGGGAAGGAACGGAGGAUUGCGGUGUGGUGCCAGCUGCUCGCUCUCCUGUCCUUAUCUCUGCUUCGCACCACAGUAGUUGUCCCUCUGUUCUCGCCGCUGUUCAAUCUGUGUGGCUCUGCCGAUACCGUCCCUGUACACCAGGACUUGCCUUUCUCCGGGUCCUUCCUAUCGAGCCUGGGAAGAAAAAACACAGAGGAGAGCAAUAUUCUGUCUUGCCAGUGGCAUCAUUUGCAGCCUCUAUGUUCUACAGAGGUCUUGCUUUCAUUUUUCCUUGCAAAUGUCCAACAAUUUGAGAGAGAAUAUCUAUCAAGCAGAAAUUCUUUAAUACUUUUGGGUGGUUUGGUAAAGCUCCCAAGCUCCCCCAUAGGCACUGAACUUAAAGCACAAGGCAAAUGGAACAGGCUGGGAGGGAAAAGGGGAGGAGGAAGCUUUAUUUCUUCAUGCAAAAACUGGAUGGAACAAUCCUGAGAAGGAAGGAACAGCCACACUCUUUCCGUGACAUUCUGGAGAAGGUCAUGUUCCAUUUCAGCCUGAGACGCACAACUGACUCACUCUCCUAGUGUUUCUGAAGAAAAGAAAUCAGUGAUCUGUUCUAACUCUUUCUAUUCUCAGGGAAGAACACAUUUUGUGUGGUGCUCUUUUAGCCACUUAUCUGCUUUGAGUUUCUACAGUGACCAGCAGUGAAGGGGAAAUAUUAGAUCAUGUCGGAGUUCUGGCUAAUUUCUGCCCCAGGAGACAAAAUGAAUUUGCAGGCAUGGGAGAGAAUGAACACUGUGACAUCUAAAUCCAACCUGUCCAGCAACAGUAAAUUCCAUAUUCCAGACUUAAAGGUGGGGACACUGGAUGCUCUUGUUGGUCUGUCAGAUGAGUUGGGAAAACUUGAUAGCUUUGCUGAAAGCGUAAUAAAGAAAAUAGCCCAGUACAUAGGAGAAGUUAUGGAGGACUCAAAAGAUAAAGUCCAGGAAAAUCUUCUGGCCAGUGGAGGGCUAAAGGAUAAAAUGAAAUGUCUCCAAAUUGACCUGAUUAGCUACUUGACACGGUUUGAGUGGGACAUGGCCAAAUACCCCAUAAAGCAGCCGUUGAAGAAUAUAUCAGAAGCAUUAGCAAAGCAAGUGACUCAAAUAGAAACAGACCUGAAGACCCGAUCAGCUGCAUACAACAACAUUAAAGGAAAUUUGCAAAGCCUGGAGAAGAAAACUGUGGGAAAUCUGCUGACCCGGACCCUGUCAGACAUUGUGCACAAGGAAGACUUUGUUCUGAAUUCUGAGUAUCUUAUCACGCUGCUCGUCGUGGUGCCAAAGUCAAACUACCUACAGUGGCAGAAGACCUAUGAAUCACUAUCAGAUAUGGUAGUACCUCGCUCCACCAAAAUGAUUGCUGAGGAUGCAGAGGGAGGACUCUUCACUGUGACCCUAUUUAGAAAAGUGAUGGAUGACUUUAAGGCUAAAGCCAGGGAGAACAGGUUCAUGGUUCGAGAAUUUUAUUAUGAUGAGAAGGAACUGAAAUGUGAAAAGGAAGAGCUGAUGAAAUUAGCUUCCGACAAGAAACAGCAAUAUGGCCCCUUACUGCGCUGGCUGAAGGUGAACUUCAGUGAAGCAUUUGUGGCUUGGAUUCAUGUGAAAGCCUUGAGAGUUUUUGUUGAAUCUGUCCUGAGGUAUGGCCUCCCUGUGAAUUUCCAAGCAAUGCUGCUGCAGCCAAACAGGAAGUCCGUGAAGCGCCUGAGAGAUGUCCUGAACACGGUCUUCAAACACCUGGAUGAAGUUGCAGCAGCAAGUAUAAUGGAUCCUGGCAUGGACAUCCCUGGGUUGCAACUGAGUAAUCAAGAAUACUACCCUUAUGUCUAUUUCAAGAUUGACCUCAGUCUUCUUGACUGCAGUUAAAGAAGAAUUGCUCAAGCUUCAUCUAUUAAUUUUCAAGACUGUCAUGUUACCAUAAAACAAUCUUUAGCUGCUGAAACUCAAAUUAAAAUGCAGAUACUGUAGCAGGAUGAUCUUCCUACCACUUCUAGUAAUUUUUACAGUGACUACAAUAAAAGUUAUCUCUUAUUCAUAGUUUUACAAAAACAUAUUUCAGAGGCAGAGGUACUAUGGUAGUAUUUAUUUUUUUUUGGUAAAUUACAAAGAUGGAAUAUCUACUGGACUUGAAAUAAAACAAUUAAAAAAGUAUGGUGGCUAAUGGA